UUUGCUUUUAUUUUUGGUAUAAUGGAAAAUUCAUUCAUGUUUGGUCCUACAUUAAACAAGCUUUGCCAGGUAUAGACACUGAGAAGGAAGAGUGUGACUUGUGAGUGAGAAGGUCAGAUGGAGCAGUAUGAAGUUUUGGAGCAGAUUGGGAAAGGUUCUUUUGGUUCUGCACUUCUUGUGAGGCAUAAGCAUGAAAAGAAGAAGUAUGUUCUUAAGAAGAUCCGUCUUGCUCGACAAACCGACAGAACCCGUCGAUCUGCUCACCAGGAGAUGGAGCUGAUUUCUAAAGUACGGAAUCCAUUCAUUGUGGAGUACAAAGAUUCAUGGGUAGAAAAGGGUUGCUUUGUAUGCAUUAUUAUUGGAUAUUGUGAAGGAGGAGACAU